AUGAGAUUUUUUAUGUUCUUGAUCUUUGCUGCAGCUACUGCUCUCCCGGCAAGUGUUCAUUAUCAUGGUGAUUCGACCUUAGUACCACCGACAACCGUCGCUGAAAUGAUUUCCUACGAUAGUUUGCUGGGUUACAGCUGCCAUUCGAAUAGAAAUUGCGGUGGCCUCGUUACCAAUGCAUUGUGUGUUAAUGGUAAGUGCGCAUGUGCACCCGGAUACAUUGCCAAUGGACUUUGGUCUUGUCGGAAAAUAAAAAAAACUGCGACGAUUAAAAAUUCAUUGAAGCGAAAAGUCAAUACAGUUAAAUAA